ACUCCCGGAAAGGUAUAAUUGUGCGUCAUAUCCGCGGGGCAAAAGGGAGCGGGAUCGGAACGAACUCAAUCAAUCGCGGGUAAAGAAGGGAACCACGAUAGCUGGGCCGGGAGUAUCACGAUGAUGCCAUACUAUAUAAUAGUACCCUCGUGCUAUACUCCGUAGGUCGUGCUAACGAAAGCGAUGGGGGUUGGAGACAGGGUCCUUAUCGCCAAGUGGGGUUCCUUCCCAAAGUGGCGUUGGGGCACACGGUUCGGCAACGACGGUUAGUUUGCAAGUUGGAGUCGCUCGUUUCCUUUUCGUUGGCGGCCUUCCUCGCCAUCCUCCAAAAAAGCCCAAUCGCUACGACUAGUCCCCUCUGCACUGCCUGGCUUCUCCAAUUGGAGAGAUCGCGACUUCCUUAUCACCCUAUUGUCAUUGAUUGGCCUCCAAAUGUCUUGAUGCUGCCACAGCCUUCCUCUCAGCCUGCCCGGGGCUCUCGUCGCUCAAACGCUGGAGCAAAAACUCGGGUCUGCGUUCAUUGCGGGCGAAGUUUCAGAAGAACAGAACACUUGGAGCGUCAUGUCCGCACACACACAAAGGAAAAACCAUAUAUCUGCUUCUGUGGGUCGGCAUUCACACGACGCGAUCUGCUGAAGCGACACACAACCAUUGCGCACCAGAGCAGUGGUUUAGUUUCGCCCAACUCCCAGCCAGAUAACGAAGCCCUAGAUCAUGCCAAUCGACCCAGAGCCUCAGAGCCUGCUACAGUCCAACCCCAUUAUAACAACCAGCCGACGUCACGGCCAGAUGUGUCUCUCUCGGUGCCUCCAAAUGUGGAACAAUGGACAGGGCCACAGCGUGGGCCAUACAUAGAGCAGGACCGGAAUCAUGUUUUGGACACGGGAGGUAGUAGCACGGGUGGCUUGGGUGCCCAUAAUAGCGCAGUUGGCCAUGAUGCAGAGAUUUUGGAGGCCGCUCAGCUGCUUCUUCCGGGGAAUUAUCGGCAUGCCCAAGCAGCACCAGCCCAGCCAAUGCCAUAUCUACACGAGGAGCUGAAUCAUUUCCAGGAUUUCACGCAUUUUCUGGACUCAAUUGGUCUCCCAUCGGAGUGGGUUCCAGCCUUUGGGGAUAUCCCUCAGAUUCACAACCCUGUCUCAACCGAACCCCCUGAAUUCAGCAGAAAUGCCGGGGAGCAGCAUGAAUCAUCGUCACGUCCCCGUCAGACGGACAGGUCACGGGCUGACUCACCCUUCCGGUCGUGGCUCCCGUCCGUGCCUCCUGGAGACCAGAGUUUUGCAUCUGUUUCCGAUUAUGAACCCCCUCAGCUUGCUAAAAGCCAGUCGCCGUUGAAAGUUACUGAAGAGCACAGGCAGCGUCUUGCGGCCUCCCUGGAUGAAUUUCGUUAUCUUAUCCCGGAUUUUGUCCUACCUUCGCGGCACACGCUGACGAGAUAUCUGACCUCCUACUUUUCUGGCUUCCAUACUCACCUCCCUUUCAUACAUGUGCCGACUUUGCGGAUUAAUGAACGAGCUCCGGAGCUCAUUCUAGCCUUCAUGACAAUAGGCGCCCAGUAUCGGUUCGAGCAUCGCAAUGCGGAAAGGCUCUUUUAUGCAGCCAAAGCGAUUGUAUUAUACAGGCUCUCGAAAGAGUCGAGCCCCCCACCCUACAAUGCCAUCAUCCAAAUACCACUGAAUAGCAUUCGGGACUCAUCUCAACGCUCUAACCAAGACCCGUCGCUUUCACCUUCAGAAUUUGCUGCGGGGAUGGAUGCAUGGAGACGGAUUGAGAACAUCCGUACACUACUAGUCUUGAUGGGAUACUCAACGUGGGAAAAGGCUGAACUUGUUCAAGAAGCAUUCGGGCUGCAGACAUUGCUUGUGCGGUGUUUACGAGAAUUCGGAUUGUUGGAAAAUAUUACUGUUGCCCCGCGACAUGCUCCCCUGCAGUGGCACGAAUGGGCUGAAGAGGAAUCUAUAAGACGCACCCGCUUCAUCUCCUUUUGCUUUGUUCACGUUCAUAGCAUAUCAUACAACAUUUACCCGGUGCUCCGAAGCAGUGAAGUCCAUCUACGCCUCCCAUGCUCCACAAAGGAAUGGAAAGCUGCCACAGCCCACGACUGGGAGAUAGCCCAAAAGGAGGUAGGUUCUCAGCAACUAUUUUUCCAGGAUGCCUUGGCACUAUUGUUGCAACCCUCACGGGCUCCAGUUCUUUUGGACCCAAUUCCUGCACCGCUGGGGAACUAUAUCUUACUUCAUGGCCUCCUUCAACGAAUCCAUCUGGUGAGCGAACUCUCCAUACCGAAUGGGGACCAGUCAUUUUCCCUCCCGACAGAGGAGCUGAACAAACUGGAGAGGGCUCUCAGGUCCUGGACUUCUGUGUGGCAACAAGCCCCAGAAUCAAGUCUUGACCCGCAUAAUGAAAACGGUCCCAUCCCGUUCACAUCCAGCUCGCUUUUAGGAUUGGCCUAUGUCCGCUUGUCUCUCAAUCUUGGCCCGCAUCGUCAGCUGGAGACGCGAGACCCAUACCGCAUUGCUACCGCGAUGCACAGAUCACCGCGACCAGGGAGAAGCUAUAGACUGACUCCUGCCCUGAUAUAUUCAGCACACGCAUUGAGCAUACCCGUACGUUUGGGUAUCGACCAUGUUGCACGCAGUCAAGCAUUUUUCUGGAGCGUCCGCCAUUCUCUUGCCAGUCUAGAGUGUGCGGUUCUUCUUAGUAAAUGGCUUAUGUCUCUGGCUGAAACCGGCAGCAACCAAGCUUUGAGUGAAAAUGAAAGUCGGAUUUUGCAUUGGACGCGCUGUAUUGUGCAAGAAGCAUAUGAAUCGAUGGAUCUGGAUGAAGGAGAAGCGUUCCCUAGUCAGGAUCCCUCCAGCCUCGGGCUCGCUGUUAUUAAGCUUUGGGCUCGCCUCUUUCGGAAGAACACUCAGUGGCCGUUCAUCAAUGUACUUGGAGAAAGCUUAGAAAGGUAUCUUGCCCUGAUUCGGCCAGGCUAAACCGCAAAGCCUCCCUUGAAUAGAUUUCAAACGUCCUUGGCAAGCUCGAUUCUGCCCCAUUCAGCGGUGCAAGAGAUUAAAAUCGUUGCUGGAAGCAAACCUACCGCAGAUGGCGGUCUGUCUCUUACUUAGAUUUCUGGUCUACUUGGAGUUAUCAGUGCCGGACAACAUCUUGGAGAUUUCCACCUCCUGAAGUUAGUGGGACCGGAAGCAUAAACGACAACCACCCAUCUGCCGGGUAUAACCUUUUGAUGCGGUCCGACAAGACUACGUCAUGAAGAAUUUGCACGAGCAGCUACUCAGCGCCACCUAGUUGUCGGUAGGCAUUGUGGCCAGGC